CCCAAAAUCAUGGACCUCAAGCUCUCCACUCUCCUCUGCUUUUCUGUGUUCAUCUCCACCAUUCUAACCCCAACCCUCUCCGAGCUCUGCAACCCUAAAGACAAAAACGUUCUCUUCGAAAUCAAGACAGCCUUCAACAAUCCCUACAUCUUGUCCUCAUGGAAAUCCGACGCCGACUGCUGUACCGACUGGUACAACGUUGAGUGUGAUCCCAACACCAACCGCAUCAACUCCCUCACCAUCUUCACCGACGACCGUCUCACCGGCCAAAUCCCCGCCCAAGUCGGAGAUUUGCCCUACCUUGAAACACUCGUGCUCCGCAAGCUCCCCAAUCUCACCGGUCCCAUUCAGCCCUCCAUCGCAAAGCUCAAGCACCUCAAGAUGCUCAGGCUCAGCUGGAACGGCCUCUCAGGCUCAGUCCCUGACUUCCUCAGUGAGCUCAAGAACCUCACCUUCCUCGAGCUCAACUUUAACAACUUCACAGGCUCCAUCCCCAGCUCGCUUUCAAAGCUACCCAACUUGCUAGCUCUUCGUCUUGACCGCAACCAGCUCACAGGUCCUAUUCCUAGCUCAUUCGGGCAAUUUGUUGGAACGGUUCCAGAUCUCUUCCUCUCCCACAACAAGCUCACAGGCAAAAUUCCAACCUCAUUUGCUAACAUGAACUUUGAUCAAAUAGACUUGUCACGCAACAUGCUCGAAGGCGACGCGUCAAUGAUAUUCGGGUCGAACAAGACGACCCAGAUCGUGGAUUUGUCAAGGAACAUGCUGGAAUUCGAUCUGUCCAAGGUGGUGUUUUCGACAAGCUUGAGCUCGGUGGACUUGAACCAUAACAGGAUCACAGGGAGUAUCCCAGGGCAGUUGACUCAAUUGGAUAAUUUGCAGUUGUUCAAUGUGAGCUACAACAGGUUGUGUGAUCGGAUUCCGGUAGGCGGGAAGUUACAGAGCUUCGACACGACUUCGUAUUUCCAUAACCGGUGUCUGUGCGGUGCUCCACUCCCAAGUUGCUAGUAAUGAACACCGGAAUGGAAGAUCUAAGUAGGCUGGCAAUUUGAAUAUAGUUGGUUUUAUGUGUAAAGGUGUUUGCAUAAAUAAAUGGCUUCAUUGCUUAAAGCAAAUAAGCACCCGGAUUAACCAACAAAACUAAAUAAAUGUGGAUGAAUCUUUUAG